AUGGUGAGCUUCUCUAGUCUUCGGCUCACCCCUGAGGGUCGCUUGCAGCCAGUGACCUUCACGUAUUCAGGGGAUGCUCUCCAUGAGAAGUUGUUUGACGCUCAUGCGUCCGGUGCCCAGGCUCAUGACACACCCUUACAUGCUGUGAGGUGUGGCCUUCGUAAUGCCAAAUUCUGUUUACAUUACAGUGCCCAACUCGCACCGAGGCUUGGCCAACUACCCACGAAGCUCUUCUUUCCCGACUCGAAAGUUGAUCGGCCGGUUGCGGAGUGUCCUGGUUACAAGUGUGUCUUCGUCUUCAGGCCCGAUCUUGCGGAUCAGCUCAUCGUGCUGAGCCUCCACCUAUCUCUAGAGAAAGAUGCACGAGACUACCUGAGGACUCAGCCUAAUCGCGUUGCUUGCCAGCUGGUGUCAGACCAGCAGCGCCGUGACAGAGUGAAGUUCAUCUUCGGCUCGGUCAUAGUGAUCCGUAGACAACUGAUGGGGCAAAGGGCAGACCUCAGCAUGGAGGAGUUCCAGAAGCUCACAAAGGACGUGAAAGAUUUUCGAGUGAUGUUUGAAGCCGAGCCCAAGCCGGCUCGGGACCUCAGUGUUCUGAGGACGAUGCCGGCGCCAUGGGCGCCGGAAACCAGCCUGCCCGUCAAGCGCACCGCAAAGGCUGCUGCAGCCUGGACUGCGCCGCCCUCGAAGUUGGACGACGAUUGCCUCAGCACGGCUGCGGUCUCGGUGGCUUCGGAACUCGAGGCUGUCUCCGUGAUCCAAUCGCCAAGCCCCGCCAGCCAGACGAAGCCUCCGGCUGAUUGGAGCACGGAGGAGGUGGCGGCGUGGCUGUGGACGUUGGACAAUGGUGCUGGAAAGUGGGACAGGUACGUGGACCUCUUUCGGGAGAACCAGAUUAAUGGGACCGCGCUGCGCACGCUCACUGGUGAGGAGCUCCGCGACGAGCUAGGGGUCACAGCUUUUGGACCACGGAAGGUGAUCUUGGCGGAAAUUCAAAAGCUCUUCGCAGCUGGAUUGUGA